UGGACGGUAGAUAACAUGACAUGAGCAUGCAGCCAUGUAACCUAUAAAGCCCCCAGUCACUCUCUUCUGUUUCAGCAGCUGUCUGCACGUCGACAAUGGCACAUAAACAUAUAUUGUGGAUCUUUACCCUAACUGCUUCACUCAAUCUCUCAGUGAGUCAUGGUCCUCUUGAAGGAGUGAGCGACUAUGAGGUGGUCCGACCCAUCAGGCUACAUUCUCUGCAGAAAAGAGAAACACAAUCAUCCAGACUGGAAACUCUGAAGUAUGCAAUGAGAGUGGGUGGGAAAGACAUUGAGAUGCAUCUGGAGAAGAAUGGCGAAUUACUCACCAACGACUAUAGUGAGACUUACUACACUGAGGAUGGUACACCAGUCACCUCUACACCUCGGGAUGUGGACCACUGCUACUACCACGGCACCAUUGUGAAUGACAGUGUGUCAACGGUUAGCAUGAGCACCUGCGAUGGACUCAGGGGAUAUUUCAGAACAGCCGCCCAAAGGUACCUGAUUGAGCCUCUGUCAGGGGGGGAUGAUGGCGAUCACGCAGUGCUGAAAUACGAGGACCAGAGCUCCAAGCCUGUGAUGUGUGGAGUCACCAACACUAGCUGGAAUGCAGACUACCCUCCCAUAACUAGCAAAAGCCGCUCUCGUGGCUCAGGUCCAUCUCUACUUCAACAGCAAAAGUAUGUUGAGCUCGUCCUUGUUGCAGACAACCGUGAGUACAAGAACAUGAAAAGUAACCCCAGAGAGCUGCGUAAGAGGAUAUUUGAAGUGGUCAACUUUGUCAACAUGGUAUACAAGCCCCUCAACACCUUCAUUGCCUUGGUUGGUCUGGAGGUGUGGACAGACAAUGAUAAGAUAUCAGUGACCGCCCCUGCUGGUGCCACCCUGGAUGCCUUUACCAAGUGGAGGAACAGCGACCUGGUCAACACCAAGCGUCAUGACAACGCACACCUCAUCAGUGGCAUUGACUUUGAGGGCUCGACGGUGGGUCUGGCCUUCAUUGGGACUCUAUGUUCAGAUCAUUCAGUUGGGAUUGUGCAGGAUCACAACCCCAGGGCCAUUGCUGUAGGGGCCACAUUGGCCCACGAGAUGGGCCACAACCUGGGCAUGAACCACGAUGACUCCAGUGCCUGUACUUGUUCUGGGAAUAGUUGUAUAAUGGCCGGGGCCCUCAGCUGGGAUAUCCCAAAGUCAUUCAGUAGCUGCAGUAGUGUAAGCUAUGACCAGUUUCUGAAUAAUCGUAACCCUGAGUGUCUGCUGGACAAGCCAGACUACCGGAAUGUGGAAUCAACCCCAGUGUGUGGCAAUGGCUUCCUGGAGACAGGAGAGCAGUGUGAUUGUGGCUCCCUGGAGGAGUGUACAAACCCAUGCUGUAAUGCCACCAGCUGCACACUGACUAAGGGCUCAGAGUGUGCUGCAGGAGCGUGCUGUGACAACUGUAAGAUCUUGUCCUCAUCCAGAGAGUGCAGAAUGAAGCAUGAUGACUGUGACUUGCCAGAAUACUGCACAGGGAAAUCGUCCGACUGUCCCGAGGACGUCUUCACUGUCAACGGGAUUCCCUGUGAUGGAGGACGUGGGUACUGCAACAACGGCCAGUGUCCACAGCACCACACCCAGUGUGUGAAAAUGUAUGGACCAUCUGCUGAAACCGCCAGAACGUUCUGCUAUGAGCAGAACACCAGAGGACUGUACUACGCCUACUGUAAACGGCCUUCAAAGGACCAGUACAUCCCCUGUCAGAGACAAGAUGUGCAGUGUGGGAAACUCUUCUGCAAGAACGGUAAUGACAACCCCAACUAUGGUCGCAUGGUGAAAUUCUCCGACUGCAAAGCCUCAUUCUACGAUGACACCAGUGAUUUUGGACAGGUGGACACUGGGACCAAGUGUAAUGAUGGAAAGGUGUGCAGCCAGAAUGAAUGUGUGGAUUUUGAGACGGCCUACGGACCUAGAGUCACCAACUGCUCAGCACUAUGUAAAGGACAUGCUGUGUGUAAUCACAAAAUGGAGUGCCAGUGUGAGCCAGGAUGGUUACUUCCCGGCUGUGAUGCAAAGGAUGAACGCUUCACCGGUCUCUCCAGAGAAGGACUGAUUGCCAUUGUAGUGACAGUCACUCUGCUGCUCCUGGCUGCUAUUGCUGGGGUAGUGGCUGUGUUCCUUAAGAAGAGACAACAGUCCCCCACUCUCCCUAGCUACCAUAACCAGCAGAACACCUAUAACGUGUACAACGACCACUAUAACAAACGGCCAAUCCCCAGCCAAAACAACACUAUGCCACAACAGCCCAAGCGACCAAAGGGUGUUCCGCCCCCACCCCCUCCUGCUGCUAACCAAUCACGAGCCCCAGCCCAUGACUUCAGGGCCGUACGACAGGCUUUGAGGCCCCCACCCCCACGGGUCUGAUGUCGCCAUCGAGAGGAGAAGAAACAGGAGGAUCACACAGACCGUACCAAGAUCUCAAAUGCAGGGCUGCCAGAGCUGAGUGCAGUUAGUGCAUUGAGACCUCAUGUCUUUAGGAUAGUUUUACAGAUAGUUGAAGUUUACAUACACCUUACCCAAAUACAUUUAAACUCAGUUUUUUACAAUUCCUGACAUUUAAUCCUAGUAAAAAUUCCCUGUCUUAGGUCAAUUAGGAUAACCACUUUAUUUUAAGAA